AUGUCCCAGGCCUACAACCCCAGCCGGUUCUCCCCCGGGGUGGAAGGUCCAGUCAGGGUCCGUGUCCCAGGCCUACAACCCCAGCCGGUUCUCCCCCGGGGUGGAAGGUCCAGUCAGGGUCCAUGUCCCAGGCCUACAACCCCAGCCGGUUCUCCCCCGGGGUGGAAGGUCCAGUCAGGGUCCAUGUCCCAGGCCUACAACCCCAGCCGGUUCUCCCCCGGGGUGGAAGGUCCAGUCAGGGUCCGUGUCCCAGGCCUACAACCCCAGCCGGUUCUCCCCCGGGGUGGAAGGUCCAGUCAGGGUCCAUGUCCCAGGCCUACAACCCCAGCCGGUUCUCCCCCGGGGUGGAAGGUCCAGUCAGGGUCCAUGUCCCAGGCCUACAACCCCAGCCGGUUCUCCCCCGGGGUGGAAGGUCCAGUCAGGGUCCAUGUCCCAGGCCUACAACCCCAGCCGGUUCUCCCCCGGGGUGGAAGGUCCAGUCAGGGUCCAUGUCCCAGGCCUACAACCCCAGCCGGUUCUCCCCCGGGGUGGAAGGUCCAGUCAGGGUCCAUGUCCCAGGCCUACAACCCCAGCCGGUUCUCCCCCGGGGUGGAAGGUCCAGUCAGGGUCCAUGUCCCAGGCCUACAACCCCAGCCGGUUCUCCCCCUGGGGUGGAAGGUCCAGUCAGGGUCCAUGUCCCAGGCCUACAACCCCAGCCGGUUCUCCCCCGGGGUGGAAGGUCCAGUCAGGGUCCAUGUCCCAGGCCUACAACCCCAGCCGGUUCUCCCCCGGGGUGGAAGGUCCAGUCAGGGUCCAUGUCCCUUUCUCCUUAUUGGACCUUAG